CUGCGCAUACCGGAACUAGGCCUCUGCCACGUUUGAGAUAAGUAAGAACGUUGUAUGUCCACAGAUCUCUCCCAUCAGGUUGCCGACAUGAAGUGUUUAUUUCUUAUUUUAGGCUUUUUAGCCUGUUCUGUAUUAGCAGAUGAAGACAAAGUUCUGGUAAUGACAAAAGAUAACUUCGAAAGCACAAUCACCGAUAACAAAUUCGUCCUUGUUGAAUUUUAUGCCCCAUGGUGUGGACAUUGUAAAGCUCUUGAACCAGAAUACAAGAAAGCUGCUGCUCAGUUAGCUGAAGACAAUACUGGUAUUGUUCUUGGUAAAGUUGAUGCCACCCAAGAAAGUGAACUUGCUGAAAAAUAUGAAGUCCGAGGUUAUCCAACCAUCAAAUUAUUCAAGGAUGGAAAACCAACAGACUACAGUGCUGGUCGUCAAGCUGCUGACAUUGUUAACUUCUUGAAGAAAAAAACUGGUCCGCCAGCUACUGAACUCUCUGCUGUUGCUGAUGCUAGUAAACUUAUUGAAGGCAAUGAUGUAGUUGUUAUUGGUUUCUUCAAGGAUCAAGAAUCAGAUGCUGCUAAAGCUUUCAAAGAAGCUGCCUCCAACAUUGAUGAUAUUCCAUUUGGUAUUACUUCUGAUGAUGCCAUCUUUAAGGAGUAUGAAGUAGAUAGAGAUGCCAUUGUUCUCUUCAAGAAGUUUGAUGAAGGCAAGAAUGUAUUUGAUGGUGACUAUACAGCUGAAAAGAUUGAAGAAUUUAUUGGAGAAAACCAACUGCCACUUGUUGUUGAAUUUACACAAGAUUCGGCCCAGAAAAUCUUCGGUGGAAAAGUUAAAAAUCACAUUCUCUUAUUUGUAAAUAAAGAUGAUACUUUUGAUGAUUAUUUGACAAAAUUCAAGGCUGCUGCCCCAGACUUUAAAGGAAAGGUUCUCUUCAUUUACAUCAAUACUAAAGAUGAAGACAAUGCCAGAAUUUUGGAAUUCUUCGGACUUAAAACUAAGGAUGUCCCUGCACUUCGUCUCAUUACUUUGACAGAAGAUAUGACUAAAUAUGUUCCAGAAUCCUCAGAAAUCACAACAGACGUUGUCAGAUCAUUUGUACAAUCUUUCAUAGAUGGUAAACUCAAGCCACAUCUCAUGUCUGAAGAAGUACCAGAAGACUGGGACAAGACACCAGUUAAAGUUUUAGUUGGCAAAAACUUCAAUGAAGUAGCUAAAGAUAAAUCUAAAGCAGUUUUAGUUGAAUUUUAUGCACCUUGGUGCGGACAUUGUAAACAGUUGAUCCCAGUCUGGGAUGAACUUGGUGAAAAAUAUAAGGAUAACAAAGAUAUUGUUAUUGCUAAGAUGGAUGCUACAGCUAAUGAGUUAGCUGACGUGAAAGUCCAGAGCUUCCCUACUAUUAAAUAUUUCCCAGCUGGUAGUGAUGAAGCUGUAGACUAUAAUGGUGCUAGAACAUUAGAAGGUUUCUCCAAAUUCCUUGAUAGUGGAGGUAAAGAAGGUGCUGGUGCUACUGAAGAGGAAUUAGAGGAGGAGGGUGAAGAAGAAGAGGAGGAGGAAGAAGAUGAAGAACAGCAACGUGAUGAACUUUAAUCAUAAGAUCGUCUAGUCAUAUUAAUAUCAUUUAUCUUCCCUUUAUAUCCCAUAGUUCUGGCAGAAUGGCAUUAAAACAAACAACAUCAAGUCUUGAAGGGAAUGCCAGGUCUGGUACCUAGAACAACCAAGGAACCAUCAUCAUUGUUAUGUAGAUAGAUAAUUUAACCAAUUUUAAUGUAAUAUUGUUACAUUCUUUUUAAUUGAUUGUGAGUUGCAACUGUGUGAAAUGAUUAGCUAUUACUCCUGCUGAAGAUACUCUCGUUUUGAUGCCAUUUUGCCCGUUUACACAUUUGACGUUUUAUGAGUUCAUGUGUAAUAAAUAUGAUAUAUGUGAAACAGCUAUGUAGAUAUGAUCAUCAUAAACUCCCUAUUUUUUUUUUAUCAUAAACAUAAACCUUUGUCUUUGUUAAGUUUUUUUUGUAAUUAACUACGCAUUUGUGUAAAUGUAAUGACCUGGAUUCCCUUCGUAUAAAAUAAGCAAAAAAAUGAUUUAAUGUUAGUGGAUAUUAGCAAAUCAUUCCAGUUGUGAAUAUUCUAUUAUUUAGGGGUAGGAUUUCAAACAUAAUUAAUAAAUUAUUAUUUUCUUCCUGUGGGAGAGAUCUCUGUUACUACAGAAUGAGUUGUAAAAUAUAUGCUGUUUAAAACUGUGAAAUCAAUUUAAAGUAUUGGCCAAAAUGUCAUAAUAAUUUAUAACAUUAUUUUAAAGGUGUAUGACAUAAGUAUAUAUUUUGGAAUUUAA